UCCUUCUCCGAGGAUGCCGACCUCGAGAUCCAAGUCCGAAACGCACAGGGCGAGGAUGUCAUCUACGCCGUCCGAUCUCAUGUCCUGGAGAGUGCGUCUCGCGUCUGGAAGCAGAGCAUACCCGCCAGGACCUCUGACACCAUCGACCUGUCCUCGGAUUCUGCCUAUGGCCUGGAUAUCCUCUUCUCAAUCGCCCACUACCGAUUCCAAAGCCUGCCCCAGCAGCUCGACGUUGGCGAGCUGUACGGAACCGCCGUUGCUGCGGACAAGUACGAGGCCAUCCACCUGCUGGCGCCCUUUGUGAAAUCCUGGCUCGUCUCUCUCUCGACAGCAGCCGAGUCUCAGUCCAACGAGACCCUCGUUGCAGGCUUUGUCCUCGGCGAGGCGCAGUCCUUUGCACGAACCAUCGCCCACUGCGCCUACAACUCCAGUCUCAGCACCACAGAGGAGGGCGCCGUCCUCCUCGACGCCCAUGGCAAACCAUGGAGCGAGCAGCCCUUGACAGGCGAGGUGAUCGACCUCCUGGCCGCCGUGCGCCUCAGCGCCAUCGAGCAGAUCAUCGAGGCCGUGAGCAAGCCCGUCAACACGCUGCUGAACCCGCAGUCGGGCGCCGCGGGCGGCGAGCUCCCCCGGUUCUGCCAGGCGCCUGGCGACGACGACUCGGUCCGCGAGGAGUGCGAGCAGCUCCAGCUCGGCUCCGCCAUCAUGAGCCUCACCAAGGCCAAGCUGUGGCCACCCCCCGCGCCCUCCAGCAUCCAGGCCAGCCCUGCCGAGCUGGCGCGCACCUAUGCCGACGUCCGCCUGCGGAGGUCGGUCGAGGACGGCCACGCGCAGUGCGGCUUUGGCCACCAGGACCAGUUCGCCAGGAUCCUCGCCCAGCCUGCCAAGCUGACGCCCGUGGUGGUCGAGCAGCUCGUGAGCCGCGCCAAGCAGUCUGGCGUGUACGAGGAGGAGACGUUCAAGGCCCUGCAAGAAGAGAGCCCUGUUGAGGAAGAGGAGUCUGCUGCUGUGGCCGAGUAA